GUGUCCGCAAAAGCGGCCCGGUCACCUGUCGUGGCAGCUGCAUGGAAAUCCCGGCGCUUCUGCUGUCUGGAGUCUGUGCUGUUUCCUCUGGCAAAUCACGGAGAUUCCGCUCUCAGUACCACCCCUUCCUCUUUGCCCAGCGCUUCAAAACCCAGUGCAUGAUGCUGAUGUAAAGUUUGACCGGGUUGGGGCAUUUAGCAGGGAAGAGGCUACUUUCUGUCAUGACACCACUUCAAGGUUGGGAAGAUUUGUAAAAGUCCGAGGCCUUCAAGCCACGAUCAACCUGAUGGUUCCUGAAAUAACUGGGAAAACAAAUGCUUCAAGUGUCAGUUGAAGAGUGCGUCUAUGUAUAUUUGAAACCUUCUUUCUAUAUAUACGCAUUUACAUGAGAAGACAGGUUCAUUCUUGUGCACGUCUGAGAGUUUUACAACUGAUGAAAAUUAAUUUAAGAAUCAGAUGGAGCAACUUGACACUACUGGGCUCAGGAGCCCAAGGAGAAAAGUAUAUCACUAAUGGCCAAUUUUACAUAUGGCCUUCAUGGGUAAAGAGAAUUUGCAAAAAGAAGAAAAAAAUUUGUAUAGAUUAAGCCUCAAAAAUACCUCUCCUUAAAGAAGGUGAUCAGAGAAGUGAGAAGGUGAACACAGAAGUGUGAAUUCAAGCAUUGCAGGUGGGAUCAUGCAGUGUUUUUGCACUUUAUUUUUUUAUUGGGUCUGAUGAUUUGGACAGAGUUAAAAUUCUGGACUGAAAAGUAACUUUUACUGUGGUUGUGACUGGAUGAAAGCAAGUUCAGGUGUGAUGGGACGAGUCUGAACAUUAAAUUGAUUCCAUCACUUUGCCUUUUUUAGUUAACUGUAUUUGAAGAUUUUAGUUUAUUGUUUUCCUUUUCUGUACCUAUAGAAUAAUAUCUUAAUAUAGCAAUUGGAACCAAUAAUUACAAAAGUAAACAUCAAGGAAAACCCAAGCAAAGCUUCCUUUUGCUUGGACGAAAGGCGUGGAAACAGGCUCUGAAUGUGAAUAGGAAAAUACCCAUCAGCACAGUGACUCUAGGGAAAUGGUGCAGUCUUGGGGACUCUGAUCAUAGGUGGGGUGUGUGGUUAGAGGGUUUGUUAGCUGUGUUGAGUCUAAGAAGACUUGAUAUGAGAAAAUUACUUGAUAGACUCAAUCCUGAGAUUAGUGUUUUUUUUAAAAAAUUUUUUAUUGAGGAUGAAAAAAAUAUAUCAGCUUUAGGAACAGAGAAGUAACUGGGAAGUGAGAAAGAGUAACAAAAGAAAGUCCAGCAAUAUUCUGUUAGCAAGCAGAAUUAGCACUACCCUAAGGCAGACACUAGGUCUACUUUAAUAACUUUAGACUCUGCCUCUGCUGAAGGACCUUGCUUUCUAGCCUCUAUGGCACUGAGGGAUCUGCUGGCUGGCAGAAGAGUUGUCCCAGCGAACCCUGCGUUCCCCAGGGACACAGGGCCCAACAUUAUGAUAGGAAAUUUCCAGUUCUGAACAGCAAAAAAGACAGCAAGGAGGUUUUUCUUCCUAAAAUUGAAUUGCUGUCUGCACAAACUCUGGUCUGUUUUGCACAGUUUGUGUGCCUUUCUUUCCCUUUAUGCAAUCUUUUUCAGCUUUUGCAGCAGAAAUUUGUCUAGUUCAGAAAACAUGCCAGAGGGUGGCUUCAGAAGGAAGAUGAUCCUGUAUGUUUUGUCUCUACAGCUGAACUUUUGAAUAGAAAAUUCCAGCUAGAGGGAUUCUUUAAGCCUUAAGUUACUUGAAAUCUAUGUAUUCAAAACUCUUUGUCUCUGGAAUUACAUUACACAAAACUGGAAUCUCAGGCUGAAUGAGAAUAAUUAAGUUGAGUGAAAAAGAAGAAAUACUGAUCACCACUAAUUAAUGAUGCUCUUUCUCCAAAGGAUCAGCGCAUUUUUUCUCUAAGGACUUGAAAAUAAAAAUGGACCCCAUGUUUUUUUUUAAGCAUUACCUUUUCUUAGCAGACUGCCAUCAUCUUUUAUAGAGGAAUUUUUUCACUAUGCAUUUGAUGGAUCUUUAUAAAAUACUGACCUUCUAAUUAGCUCCAGGUCAGUCUUAAUUAGAAGGGGGUGGGGAAAGACAAGAACAUCAACCACAAAAAUAAAAUAAACCGAGGAAAGAAAUUGGUUUAAAAACUUCAGCAUUAAGCAUUACUUUUUAGGUAAAACAGUUCAUUGAAAAAAGUAUGUAUGCAGCAGUGGAACAUGGACCUGUGCUUUGCAGCGACUCCAACAUCCUCUGCCUGUCCUGGAAAGGUCGUGUUCCCAAGAGUGAGAAAGAGAAGCCUGUGUGUAGGAGGCGUUACUACGAGGAAGGCUGGUUGGCCACAGGCAACGGGCGCGGCGUAGUGGGAGUGACUUUCACUUCCAGCCACUGUCGCAGGGACAGGAGUACUCCACAGAGGAUAAACUUCAACCUGCGGGGCCACAACAGUGAGGUUGUUCUGGUGAGAUGGAAUGAGCCAUACCAGAAACUGGCCACAUGUGAUGCAGAUGGAGGAAUAUUUGUGUGGAUUCAGUAUGAAGGCAGGUGGUCUGUGGAACUGGUCAACGAUCGAGGGGCUCAGGUGAGUGAUUUCACGUGGAGCCAUGAUGGUACUCAAGCACUUAUUUCAUAUCGCAAUGGGUUUGUCCUGGUUGGUUCCGUCAGUGGACAAAGACACUGGUCAUCUGAAAUCAACUUGGAAAGUCAAAUCACAUGUGGCAUAUGGACUCCUGAUGACCAACAGGUGCUGUUUGGCACGGCUGACGGGCAGGUGAUUGUCAUGGACUGCCACGGCAGGAUGCUGGCCCAUGUCCUCCUGCACCAGUUCGACGGAAUCCUCAGCAUGUCCUGGAACUAUCCUAUCUUCCUGGUGGAAGACAGCAGCGAGAGUGACACAGACUCAGAUGACUAUUCCCCUCCCCAAGAUGGUCCUGCAGCAUAUCCCAUCCCAGUACAGAACAUCAAGCCUCUGCUCACUGUCAGCUUCACCUCAGGAGAUAUCAGCUUAAUGAACAACUAUGAUGACCUGUCUCCCACUGUCAUCCGCUCAGGGCUGAAAGAGGUGGUGGCCCAGUGGUGCACACAGGGAGACUUACUGGCAGUUGCUGGGAUGGAGCGGCAGACCCAACUCAGUGAGCUCCCCAAUGGACCACUUCUGAAGAGUGCUAUGGUGAAGUUCUAUAAUGUUAGAGGAGAGCACAUCUUCACACUGGACACACUUGUGCAGCGCCCCAUCAUCUCCAUCUGCUGGGGUCAUCGAGACUCACGGCUACUGAUGGCCUCUGGGCCAGCCCUAUAUGUAGUUCGUGUGGAGCAUCGUGUGUCCAGCCUACAGUUGCUGUGCCAGCAGGCCAUAGCCAGCACUCUGCGAGAAGACAAAGAUGUCAGCAAGCUGACCCUGCCCCCCCGCCUCUGUUCUUACCUCUCCACUGCUUUCAUCCCCACCAUUAAGCCCCCAAUUCCAGACCCCAACAACAUGCGAGACUUUGUCAGCUACCCCUCAGCUGGCAAUGAGCGGCUGCAUUGCACCAUGAAGCGUACAGAGGAUGACCCAGAGGUGGGUGGCCCAUGCUACACACUCUACCUGGAGUACCUAGGCGGGCUUGUACCUAUCCUUAAGGGGAGGCGUGUCAGCAAGCUACGGCCAGAGUUUGUCAUCAUGGACCCACGGACAGACAGCAAGUCAGAUGAGAUCUAUGGAAACAGCCUGAUUUCCACUGUAAUUGACAGCUGCAACUGCUCCGACUCCAGUGACAUUGAACUGAGUGAUGACUGGGCUGCUAAGAAAUCUCCUAAAAUUUCCAGAGCAAGCAAAUCACCCAAACUCCCAAGGAUAGAAAGACACCCAGUAGGAAGUUUGCUAAACCCUCGGAACUUCUCUAGGGGUUAUCAACGAUGGAUCAGCAUUGAAGCCCGGAAGUCUCCCAAACUGCCCAGGGCUGCUCAGGAGAUCUCCCGGUCUCCCCGGUUGCCCAUACGCAAGCCCUCUAUUGGCUCACCCAGUCUGACGCGGAGAGAAUUUCCUUUUGAAGACAUUACUCAGCACAACUAUCUUGCUCAGGUCACGUCCAAUAUUUGGGGAACCAAAUUUAAGAUCGUGGGCUUGGCUGCUUUCCUGCCAACUAACCUUGGUGCAGUGAUCUAUAAAACCAGCCUGCUACAUCUCCAGCCACGGCAGAUGACCAUCUAUCUCCCAGAAGUUCGGAAGAUUUCCAUGGACUAUAUUAACUUACCGGUCUUCAACCCAAAUGUUUUCAGUGAAGAUGAAGAUGAUUUACCAGUGACAGGAGCAUCUGGUGUCCCUGAGAAUAACCCACCUUGUACUGUGAACAUCCCUAUUGCACCGAUCCACAGCUCUGCUCAAGCUAUUUCCCCCACACAGAAUAUAGGGCUGGUGCAGUCCCUGCUGGCCAAUCAGAAUGUGCAGCUAGAUGUCCUGACCAAUCAGACAACAGCUAUGGGAGCAUCAGAACAUAUAGGUGACAACGUGACCCAGUACCCAGUACCCAACAGGUACUCCAACCCUGGACAGGUGAUUUUUGGAGGUAUGGAAAUGGGCCGCAUCAUUCAGAACCCUCCUCAGUUGCCCUUGCCGCCGCCGCCACCACCACCACCACCACCACCUCCACCACCACCACCACCACCACCACCACCUCUACCACUACCACUACCACCACCACCACCACAGGGGGUCAUGCAGCUGGCUGUGGUGGACCAUGGAGACCGAGAGCAUGAGCACUUGCAGAAGCCAGCCAAGGCCCUGCGGCCAGUGCCUCAGCUAGCAGCUGAGGGAGACGCAGUAGUCUUCAGUGCCCCCCAGGAGGUUCAGAUGACAAAAAUGAACCCCCCACCCCCCUACCCAGGAACCAUUCCUGCUGCCCCAACUACUGCUGCACCCCCACCGCCGCUGCCACCACCUCAGCCCCCAGUGGAUGUGUGCCUGAAGAAGAGUGACUUCUCCCUCUACCCCACAUCAGCACAUUACCAGCCUCCCCUGGGCUACGAGAGGAUCACCACGUUUGACAGUAGUGGCAAUGUGGAGGAGGUGUGCCGGCCUCGUACUCGAAUGCUCUGCUCCCAGAACACCUAUACCCUUCCUGGUCCAGGUAGCUCAGCCACCUUGAGGCUUACAGCCACUGAGAAGAAGGUCUCCCAGCCCUGCACCAGUGCUACCCUGAACCGCCUGACUGUCCCUCGCUACUCCAUCCCCACAGGGGACCCACCCCCAUAUCCUGAGAUUGCUGGCCAGCUGGCCCAGGGGCGGGGCACUGUCCAGAGACUGGAUAGCAGCCUCAUCCAUGCCACCCUGCGGAGAAACAAUCGUGAGGUUGCUCUCAAAAUGGCCCAGCUGGCUGACAGCUCCCGGGUGCCUCUGCAGCCACUGGCCAAGCCCAAGGGUGGCCCUGGUGGAGCUGUAGCACAGCUCCCAGCACGGCCCCCACCAACCCUAUAUACCUGCAGCCAGUGUAGUGGUGCAGGGCCCAGCCCACAGUCAGGAACUAUCUUGGCCCAUGCUGUCAGCACCUCCCCACUGGCUUCCCAGUCCUCCUACAGUCUCCUGAACCCACCUGACAAUACCCGCGACCGUACUGACUAUGUAAACUCAGCCUUCACAGAAGAUGAGGCUUUGUCCCAGCACUGUCAGCUUGAGAAACCCUUGAGGCACCCCAUGCUGCCUGAAGCUUCUGUCACCAUGAAGCGACCUCCCCCUUACCAGUGGGACCCUGUGCUGGGCGAGGACGUUUGGGUUCCCCAGGAAAGGACAGCACAGCCUGCAGUGCCCAACCCUUUGAAACUGCCCCCUCUGAUUCUAGGGCAGGGCCAGCAUCUGGAUGUGGCCCGGGUACCUUUUGUCUCUCCCAAGUCUCCCACCAGCCCUACUGCCACUUUCCAGACAGGCUAUGGGAUGGGAGUGCCAUAUCCAGGAAGCUAUAACAACCCCCCUUUGCCUGGAAUACAGGCUCCCUGCUCCCCCAAAGAUGCCCUGUCCCCACCACAGUUUGCACAACAGGAGUCUGCUGUCGUCCUUCAGCCAGCAUACCCGCCUAGCCUCUCCUAUUGCACCUUGCCCCCCAUGUACCCAGGAAGCAGCACAUGCUCCAGUUUACAGCUGCCACCUAUCGCCUUGCACCCAUGGAGUUCCUACAACACCUGCCCACCCAUGCAGAACCCCCAGGGCACUCUCCCAUCAAAGCCCCACUUGGUGGUGGAAAAGCCCCUCGUGUCCCCACCACCAGCUGACCUCCAAAGCCACAUGGGCACUGAGGUAAUGGUAGAGACUACAGACAACUUCCAAGAAGUCCUUUCCCUGACAGAAAGCCCGGUCCCCCAACGGACAGAAAAGUUUGGAAAGAAAAACCGAAAGCGCCUGGAUAGCCGAGCAGAGGAAGGAAAUGUUCAGGCCAUCACUGAGGGCAAAGUAAAGAAAGAGGCUAGGACUUUGAGUGACUUUAAUUCUCUCAUCUCCAGUCCCCGCCUGGGAAGAGAGAAAAAAAAAGUAAAGAGUCAGAAAGACCAACUGAAGUCAAAGAAGUUGAACAAAACAAACGAAUUCCAGGACAGCUCAGAGAGUGAGCCUGAGCUCUUCAUCAGUGGGGAUGAGCUGAUGAACCAGAACCAAGGCAGCAAGAAGGGGUGGAAGAGCAAGAGAAACCUGCGGACAGCCAGUGAACUGGAAGAGUUCAAGUGCCGCAAAGCCAGCGAGAAGGAAGAUGGGCGGCUGGGUAGCCAGGGGUUUGUGUAUGUCAUGGCCAACAAGCAGCCUCUGUGGAAUGAGGCCACACAGGUGUACCAACUGGAUUUUGGAGGGCGGGUGACCCAAGAAUCAACCAAGAACUUCCAGAUCGAGUUGGAAGGGCGGCAGGUGAUGCAGUUUGGGCGGAUUGACGACAAUGCGUACAUUCUAGACUUCCAGUACCCCUUCUCAGCUGUGCAGGCCUUUGCAGUUGCCCUGGCCAAUGUGACUCAGCGCCUCAAAUGAAGAGACUGGUGUGGGAGGAGAAGCCAAGGAGCCCUUCAAGAAGAAUCCAUGUGGCCAGAUGCCCAGGAAGACCAGAGACAACAUUGCAACUGGAUGAGCCCAUGAGGCCAAGAAGAGGCGCACUGACCAUUAGGCGUGGUUGUUUAUUUGAUUAUCCUUAUGGUCUGUCUUUCUUUUCUUCUUUCAGCAGAAUGGCAUUUAGAAGCCAAGGGUGUCUAGUGUCUUGUUCUUUCAGGAAAUAUAUCUUGGCUGUGGAAUGUUCUACUGAGUUUGCUUCUCAGCAACCAGGACAAGGGCCUUUGGAGAGAAGACAGACUGCCUUCUAGCCUGCUGUUCUUUUAGAAGGAGUAUGCAUUAGUGUUCAUUCUCUACAACAUCUUGUCUGUUUUCAGUAGUACACAACAAAAACAACCAAAGCCCAAAGAUUCAGGUUGUCUUGAGGAGGGCAGCAUUUAAUUCUCAUACUUUAUGCUACCUCCCAAAGGUGAUUUGGCAAAUGAAGGGCCAUUGGGCAAAUGCACUGUUUGACCAAUGAGAAUAGAAUCUGUAUAGGGGUACUGUCUUCAGGAUAAGUGUGAUUUGGUUAUCAGUGGUGUCUGGGAAGGGCUCAUGAGUGAGGAGGUGUAGAUAGGCACUGCAAAUACCUGGGUGAUUCAGUAGUAUGAUUUGUAUAAGGGCCACACUCCUCUUCCAAAGAUGUUCAUGUUGGAAGACUACUGGUUUCAUCAGUGUGUCUCAUAGGAUCAGUGAUGAUUGUUCAGUAAGAUCAACUUACUGAAGAAGGUAAGACAUAAUAAUGGAAAGAUCCCAGCCUAGGGUAGGUCUAGGGAUUUUCUCAGUGUGGUAGUCAGUCACUAGAUACCCCACUUGCUAAAAACAGCCUCUGUUCUCUUUAUCUCAUUUAUUGUUUAAUAUGGAAUACAUUAUUGUAAAUGUGAUCUCUCCCAUUGGGUGUCAUUGUUCCAUCCUUCUCCAAAGUGUGGGUCUGACUUGUAUUAAAAACACUCCUUUCUUCCUAUUGGUUACAUUUAAAUUCAAAUGACCAGAAAUAUUUUUCAUCAAGAAAUAUAAUCCACCAAAUUUUUAGACACUUAACAGGUGUUAAAAUAUAGGUGUAUGGUCAAAUAUUUGAUUGAACUUCUAAGGAAAAAAAAAAGAGCUGUUUAUUAACUCUACAUACUGUUCACUGAGGAAAUAAGCCACUGGGAAAACAUUGUUAAAAUUAUUAAACUUAAGACAUUUGGUUAAAUUUUGUCUGAUGCUUUUAACUUCCUAUAUUUGUUUAAAAAUUAGGGAAGAAAGUGGCCCAUUCAUUUCUCAAAGCAAAACGACACCACUCUCCAUUCUUUCCAAACAAGACCUUUGGAAAAAAUACAGACUGCCUUCUAGCCUGAUGUCAUGGCUAUACUGACAAGUUUUUAAAUAUGGUACAGUCUAUAUCCCAUCUAAUAACAGAGUUUUCCACUUUAUAAUGAAAAAUAUUGGACCUAGUUGUUCAUUGAGUUGGCAGUUAGGUGGAGUUUCAGUUUGAUUGGCUUUGGGAUCUCCAGAAAAUGUGCUUCAGUGAAGCAUAUUUCUAGGUGUAUCUGGGUAGGUCAUAAAGGCAUAGCCUGGGGGUCUGUGUGUAGUCCCUUGCCCCUUUCUCACUGACACUUUUUCUUUGCUCCUUCUGAAAACUAAACAGCUUUGCUCUGCCACACCCUUCUGCUAUGAUGUCUCUGUCUUUGGAGCUAGCCCAUCAUGUAUUAAAACUGUGAGCAGAUUAAACCUCUCCUUUAAGUUUUGACUGUUGGGUAUUGUGUGUCAGCAAUGAGAAAGCUGAUUAUUACAGUGAAUAAAUUCUUUCACAAAUUAGCAAUUUAUUCAAAAUUAUCUAAUUCAUUCUUACAUGAGUUUCUGUAGCUUGAUAUGAUGUCUCAGUGCUUAUUAGUUGUGCAAUAAGUUAUAGCCUGUUUUGGAAAUAAUUUAAAUGUGAUUUCUCUGUUUUGUUGUCCAAGAGAUGAUAUUUAUCUUGCUUUUCAUAAUAUUCUUAGAAAUUAUUUUGUUACUAUGUAUUGGUGAGUUAUGCCCAUUUUAUUAUUUAUUUAGAAAAAUAGUACCUUUGUACUACUUUGUAAUGACUUAUUUGGUAGCAGUAUAUUUUGCUGCAAGAAAUAAACAGGAUAUGAUAUGA